AUGUGCGGAAUCCUUGGGCUCCUGCUCCACAAUCCUAAUGGUCAUGCUGCUACUGAAAUAUGUGAGGGCUUGAGUCUGCUCCAGCAUCGCGGCCAGGAUGCAUGUGGUAUUGUCACUUGUGGGAGGGGUGGUAGAUUCUAUCAAUGCAAGGCGAACGGGAUGGUACGCGAUGUAUUCGAUACUCGAAGCGUCGAGACACUCCUUGGAUGGAUGGGUGUAGGCCAUGUGCGUUAUCCUACUGCUGGAUCAUCUGCUCAUGCUGAAGCUCAGCCGUUCUACGUCAACUCGCCAUAUGGAAUUGUGUUUGCUCAUAACGGCAAUCUGAUCAACACACAUGAACUCAAGCGUUUCCUCGAUGCGGACGCUCACAGACACAUCAAUACUAACUCUGAUUCUGAGGUCCUCCUCAACAUCUUUGCCGACAACCUCCAAAAGACGGGCAAAUUUCGUAUCAACGAGGAGGAUAUUUUCACGGCUAUUCGAGACCUCAUGGGUACGGCCCGUGGUGCAUACGCCUGCGUAGCUAUGCUUGCCGGUUUCGGUAUUAUCGCGUUCCGUGACCCCAACGGUAUUCGUCCGCUUGGGUUCGCACGAAGGGGAGAAGACUGGAUUGUAGCUAGCGAAAGCGUUGUCGCCGAUGCAGCCGGCUUCACCGAUUGGACUGAUGUUCGUCCCGGCGAGGCUAUCAUCCUAACACGGCACUCCAAGUCUCAUCGGCUCGUCGGACCCGAUUCUUCCAAGACUCCGUUUGCGCCCGACAUUUUCGAGUAUGUAUACCUGGCCCGUCCGGAUUCUGUUUUGGAUGGCAUUAGCGUCUAUCGGUCUCGUAUGGCCAUGGGCGAGGCUCUUGCAUCUGAAGUUCGCAAAGUCUUGGACGAAAAAGGAAUUCAAGUCGACGUGGUUAUUCCCGUGCCGGAUACCUCUCGUGUUGCGGCCUUAGAGCUUGCUCAAAAAUUGAAUAUCCCGUACCGGGAAGGGUUUGUCAAGAAUCGAUACGUUGGAAGGACAUUCAUCAUGCCAGGUCAGACAGAGAGGAGAAAGAACGUCCGACGUAAACUGAACGCAAUGGCGUUGGAAUUUUCGGGCAAGAAUGUGCUUCUGGUUGAUGAUUCGAUUGUUAGGGGAACAACCUCCAAGGAAAUCGUGCAGAUGGCCAAGGAUGUCGGUGCAAAGAAAGUUAUAUUCGCCUCGUGUGCACCUCCUAUCCGACACUCUAAUGUUUAUGGUAUCGACAUGCCAUCCAGGCAAGAACUUGUUGCGCAUGGUCGCACCCCAGAUUCAGUCGCUGAAGCUAUCGGAGCUGAUCUGGUCAUCUACCAAACCCUCCCGGACCUUGUUGGCGCCGUUAGACAACUCAAUCCCUCAAUCACUCAGUUCGAUUGUAGUGUAUUCACCGGAGAAUAUGUCACCGGCGGCGUAUCAGAGCGUUACCUACAAUGGCUUGAGGAUCUCAGAAACGACACUGCCAAAGGGAAACCAAACGGAGACUCGGUAUUCGCAGGAGAGAAUGGGAGUGGUGCGGAGACCGCUGGGUCCGGUGUACCACAUGUCAACGGGAUCAGGGAGCGCUUGGAAGUCCCUGUUGGGUGUAGUGGUCCCCUCAAUGGCGCUGAUGAGACAAUCGGGCUCUACAAUAGCUUCUCCAGGCCUGCAAAGGAGGGAGUCACAUCUCCAUCAUAA